ACCUUAUGCCUGCAUCAAGAGUCUUCUGAGUGCUGCAAGCAUGUCCACUACCAUUUAUGAAAUAUACUCCUCCAUUCCUACUAAACAGACCAUUGACUGUAAUUUUGUUCCUGCAUUUUUGAAGUCUAUGCAAAAGGAAGCUUUAUUUGAGACAUAUGACCAUGAUGGAAGGGACAAACUGGCAGAUGUGGAACGGCUUAAAGAUGAUCUUAUUGACUUAAUUUCAGAAGUUCUUUCCCAAACAAUGGUGGAGAGAUUUUCUGGGUCUGCCACCUCCUUGUUUACAAAAACAUUUACUCAACGACUAAACUCUGUUACUGGAAAAGUAGUUGGUAAUUUACUGGGGAGGCAUGAAACCCAAUGUUUCUUUGUCAAUCAACAGCAUCAUCAUGAUCUGAAAUCUGCCACUAAAUGCAAGGAAAGGACUUUGUCUGAGGAAGAAAUAAAUGAGCUCAAGCGCUACGCUAAUACUGUAACUGAUGAACAAAAUCCAGCAACAGCUUUAGAAGUUCAUGUACUCACAAAGAGUAACUUGCUGGAUGGAAAAGAUAUUUGUCUUACUGUCAUAGAUGAUCAAGGAAAAAUUCUCACAGAGGAGACUUACGCAGGAACUGACCCAGCAGCUGGUACUAUUAAACUUGUGCUAACAAAAACACCUCAAACUUCUCCAGGAACAAGAGGAAUGUGGAGUAUACUGACUCAAUGGGUCAUGGGUAAAGACACACCUGUCAGUGGACACAUUGAUAUUAUACGACCUGACGGCUCUCGGGAAAUUGUGAACUCCACAAAUCAGAACUGUCUGUUUCAUGCUGUCAUCCAAGCAACAACUAAAGACCCAAAUGAUGUUGUACAACAAAAAGCCAUAGAACUCAGGAGAAAAGUCAGUCAGGAGAUUCUAGCCAAACCAUACAAAUAUCAUAAGGCUGUGAAGAUUCAGAAUAUGUUCAACAGAACAAACAGCUCCAAUAAAUUUAAAACCGAAGCUGGAUUAAAGAAAGGAGACCAGGAGAAGUUUGAAAGGUUUACCAAAGACAUGACUCCAGAGGACAUUAUUAAUGCUUACCACUUGGGAAAAGUGGCAGAAUAUGAGAGCCUUUUGGACAUGGACAAACCCACUCCAGGAGUCAUCGAAGCAGACCACAUUCCACCAAAGAAUAGUUUAAUAAAACUUAUAAGAAAUCCAGAAAUGGUGAAAUCACUCAAAACCAACAACAAGGCAGCCUAUGAUUUAGUGAUGAGCAUGAGAGAGGACCAGAAUGGAAAAAAGCAGCUCUGCAUGAACACGCUCUACUCGGAUCAUCGACGUGCCCUGACCAGCGGUAACAGUUCUGAAUCCAGAGCAAGCAGAGAUUUGCUGACAAACACCUUAGCAAGUGGAGACAUGGAGAAAGUGCUGAAGCAGUCAUUCAUACUGGCUCACCCGAGAUGUUCAGAGGACAUCCGGAAUAGUCUCGGAAUAAAACAUAACAUUGAAACCAGGAAUUCUGGACUGUCUGGACUGGCUGACUGUCACAAAUAUUACAAGGAAGGUUUUGACAAACUUGUACGUGAAUACAGCAGGAAGAAGCUGAUUGACCAAAACCAAACAGAUCGCCUGAUGCAGUGGGUGAAAGAAGAGAGAUAUUGGGACACAUCUGCAGUGGAGUAUAAAGAAAUUCAAGGAGCUAUAAAAGCCAAAUCUGUAAACAGAGGAAACACAGACCACAUGAGGCCAAAUUAUCAGCGUCGUGAGCUGUAAUGUUCACGUCGGUGUUAAGAUCAGUGUUUGACUGAAAAAGAAACAAACUUAAAGGAAAAAAUCUCUACAUGUAGUGAUAAUACAUUAAUGUUAACUUUUUUUCUUUCUUAAAUAUUUUAUUCUUGCAUAAAUGUUAAUAUAUAAAACAUUCUACAAGCUUUCAAAAGAUGUUUUUUUUUGUAUUCCAUUAGAGCAUCAUGAAGUCAUUCAUAGUGUCAGGAAUCAAUACUCUUUUAAUGUAUAACAAUCUGAGUGUUAGAAAUGUCUCUCAAUUUAUGAUAAUAAACUUGCCAUGUGUGUGA